GAUUCAAUAAGACCAAGAGCCAAUUGAGUCUACCAACUUUAGAUAUCGUUUCAAUUCAAGGAGUAGGCAUCGUGGCUCGCAUCCUGAAUCGCAAAAACACACCCAUGAGCUCAUCCGAUGGACUGUCGCACGUGUGGGAAAGUAUUCAAACGCAAGGGUCAUUUGACCCGUCACUCGGCGCGGCACUCCAAGGACAAGCCAUUUCACUGCGACUUUUGCGGAAGAAAGUUUGCUCGAAGGGACUCUCUAUUCCGCCAUGCAGCCCUCCAUGAUCGCGAUACACCAUCACGACAAGAGACCCGGGUCGAGAUGACUAGGAGGUGCGAACAAGCUUGUGUCGCGUGUGCAAGCUCAAAGCAACGGUGUCAGGGCGGGACUCCAUGUUGGCGAUGUUUGAAGAAAGGCCUUUCCUACUGCCGAAAAGGGCAGACAUCUACAGUCGAACUUCAGCCAGAUAGGCAAUUUGAAGAGGAAGAAGAAAGUAACAUGGAGCUAAAUGAAGACGAAAGAUCUCAGGAAACCACGACGACUAAUAUCUCUGGAAUCUGUGGAAUACGGCCAUCUGCACCGACUGAGAAGGCAUCUGAGACGUUUCUCGGAGUUGAGGACGUUGAAACGUUGGCUCCUGAUAUACCUCCAUGGCUGCCACCACAAGAGAUAAUCAGUAUACAAACGCCCAGGUUGGAUCCUCUGCUUGAGCCCUGCCAGUUUAAUCUAGGACUCGACAUAGGCUUACAUCAGCAACAAUCCGAUGCAAUAGAGCUAGGAUUGCAACUACAUGAUCCUCCGGGCGUAUCUGGUUAUGCAGACUGUACCAUGGCGGAGGGCUCAAGCGGGAUCUUUCGAUGGCCAUACGUCGAUGGUGCCUUCCACGAGACCUUUCACUUUUCGGAAGACGGGCUCCUCAAUAUCUGGCAGAACAUGUUUACACAGGAAGCCCCAACGCCACAUAUUGGAUCCGCAUCAGAAUAUCGUGUGCCUCAUGCCACAGAGGCUCGGAUUCCACGAGCGGACUCUGUUGAAAACGCACUAGAAUCGUCUACCCUCAAGCUAACGUUCCCUUCCCUUAAAGCAACCGACGAUGCAACAAUCCAGUCUGAAGACUUUGGGCUGGUGAGAGAAAUUGAUGAGCAAGAGUACCAGGCCAUCCUAAAAUUCUGGAAGUCUCAAAAGGGUACCUUGUCACUCCGGAAUGAUGUCUUUCCACGCCGCGAGGUCUUGAACACAUUCGUUCAGCUCUAUUUCGAGCACUUUGACUGUCAAUUUCCUUGUGUCCACCACAGUCAGGUGGAAGCAGGAAACCGACCGUGGAUUCUCCUAUUAGCGCUUGCGGCAACUGGCAGCCAGUACUCAGAGGUAUCGAGAUCCUUUGAUCAUGCUUUAGCAUUGCAAGAACUGCUCAGAAUUGCUCUGAAAUCAAAUGCCCCGACUUCUCCAGCUUCUACUACAGUCUUUUAUGUUCAGAGUCUACUGCUUCGGGACACCUUUUGCGUUUUUGCAGGCUCUGGGCGAAACAGAUUCCUUUGGCAAUGCGAAAGAAGCCAUCUUGUGUUCUCAUGCCAGAUGCUGUUGAGCACUACCAAACUUCAAGACAGCCAUGACGAGGCUCCACUAGAGGCUUCUAUGCAUACAAGAUGGGAAAAUUGGGUAACACAGGAGACUCGCCGGCGAGUUAUCCAUUGUGCGUUUCAUUGGACUCCCUAGCGCUCAUCUUUUGUAACCACCAGCCCGUCUUUCAACUGAAUCAACUGCCAAUGAUCGAGCCCUGUGCCGACACUCUCUGGGGGUCCCACACUGCGGAAGCAUGGAGCACAGAGAUGGCCAAGACAACAUGUCAGUGUCCCACCCCAUCUUUCGAAGGUUUAGUACGCUGGCAGCGUAAUGAAUAGCCAAACCUCAGGAGCGUAGUGUUCAAAGCAGAGCUCCUCAGAAGUUUGACGGCUUUGCUAGCAGCUUUGCACUGGUUGUAGCUUGUAUGCAGGAAAGACAGCUUCUUCUCUCCCUCGUUGGCCCCAA